AUGGAUCUGGACUUCCGAGCCGACAUAUGGGUCCUAGAAGACGCCUCUGUACCCUUCCAGCAAAAGAAAGAGAUGCUGGACAUCAUCUUCAACGAAAUCGUGCUGUAUCGGUACCACGACGGACUGCAGCCUAUUCUGUUCGAGCAGCCCAACUUGAACUUAUUUCAGCCGAAUAAUCUGCAGGCAGAGCUAGACAACAACAUUGGUCCCACUGACGACCUUCUCGUUGCUGGCAAUUCCGCCGACUAUUCUCUUCAGCUUACGCCGAAACUACCGAUUAAGCGGGAGCGCAUCGAAAUGUUGGUUUCAGAAGAAGAAGAGAACAGAAUUGUCGAACAGGUUUUAAAGCCCGCCACCUUUAUGUAUCACGGUCUCAUUCAGGACAUGAAUCAUUUCCAACAAGUGGACGAGGCUUACGACUUCCACGUGAGAAAGAAGGCAGGCCUCACACCUGAGGAGGAUCAGACAUGGCCUACCACCACGGCUCAGCAGAAGGCCUAUGUUCAGCAGCUCUUUGAACAGAUUACUGACAUGUCCGACUUUUACGAGCUUCGAAAGGUGACAACCAACCUGGCCAAUCGCAGAGCUAAAACCGCAGAGAAGGACUGUGUAACGGACACGGCAGCGGAUCAGUCCACAUCGCGUAAACGUCAGCGUACGAACAAAGCUGGAAAGAGCGCCGCAACCAACAGACCAGCGGAUGUUAAGAAAGCGGAGUGGGACAUGAUUAAUCCAGAAAGCUCGGAUGUCGACAAGCUUGCCGUUAUUGUCCACCACCGCAUCUCCGAUCUCGAGAUUGAGAUUCUCUCUUGGCGACUUUUGAUUGCGGCCAUGAAUGCGCAACGCGGGUUCAGUUUGCGCCCACUCUGGUCAGGCCAAAGAACUACGUCGACUUGGGACAGCUUCGACACGUUCGCAGACCGCUGGAGCGCGAUGUGUGACGUUCUUCUGGACUGUAAGUUGAUGAUUGACUCACUCACCGGAGCCGAUUGGAUCUCUAAAUUCGCGGGCGCGCCGCUCAAGGAGAGAGCUGGAAAGUUGAACAACGACCUGCUUAAUGGCAGACGCGACAUCCAGAAUCAGGUCGGUAGAGAAAUGAUUCGGAUACAGACGCAUGCGAACGAGUGGACCUCCUCGGAGAGCUACGAAAUCAAGUCGAAGGAUGGACAUGUCAUCGUCAAGGGGGGCAACAUCAGCGAAGCGACCAGGCGCAAGUUGGCUGUUCGGAGCAACCAGGAUUCUGGAACUUCCACGGCAACGACGACGCCUCUGUCUUGA